AUGAUGGACUUCCAAUCAUCGCGGCGCAAAGCCAAUACAUAUGGCAAGGGUGGUGCCAGGAAGAUCUUGGUGCAUGAUAUCUUCGAUAUAACCUCAGUAUCCUCUCGAACGCCCUUGUCUUCUCAAGACACGCCUUCAAACGCACUCUUCAAUUCAUCCUCUCCGACAGAUUACCCUCAGUCCACCGCCCCAGUCACCCAGAAUACGUGGACGGACCGUCGCGAUGUUAAUUCGGUGGUCAAUACUAUGGACCUGAGACCAACAACCCCCUCAAGUACCACCGGCUCUUCCCCAUGCUCAUCUACCAAUACCCCUGCUGUCGAUAUGUUCGAUAUCCAAUCUUCUGGCGAGGAUGCGCCAUACAAAAUCAAUGGACCAUUGAACAAGAAGAGGAAGGUCAUUCCCGUACAGUCAAGGGCGGACUCGGAGAGGAUCAACAAAGAUAAUGCGCGACCUUACUUGGGCCUGUCUAAACAAUCAGAUCGCAUUUCCAAAACCAUCAGCAAACCCUCCAGUCUGAAAGGCAACCAGAGUGGCGCCACCAAGACCGCUUCAAAGCCGGUCAAACGUCAACAACCUUUGGCGCGCACAUACGUCCCUCAGAAUUCCAUACCACGCAAAACACGUGUUAGCAGCGGAUCGUCAGCUCACUUGUCGGACACCUCGGCUUCUUCACCAAGAGUCUCGCGGCAGACAACGCCGAAAAGGAAGAUACAACUCUCAGAUGAUGGAUCAAACAAUGCUUCCAGUCCGAGCGAUCUACAGAUGACCUCACUGAGGCUCACUCCCGAACGGACUGUGCCCCAUCAGCUUUCUGAAGACAUGGAAAUGUCAGAUGGUGGUCCAGUUCAAGCCACUCCGCGCAAGGGUCGAAAGAGGUUGAUUGACAGACUUGACGGUCCUUGCGCAAAAGCACCGGAGAAAUCAGGCUCCAGCAUUGGGGAUAACGACUUCAGCGCGGGAGAGUCUUCAUAUUCUCAACCUGUAAGCGGCUAUGCUUCCCCGGCUCGAGGUUUACAGCAAGCGCCUGGGAACGAGAACGGCAAUCUCGCGACAGAGGAGCCCAAACCUGCUCCUCCAGUAAGGAUGCCACGAACAUAUGCAAAGCAACGCUCUCAUCUGAGCGACAUGCUGGAUAGCCUGGAGCCGAGUAGUCAACACUCUUCGCAGCAAAGCUAUUCUCAGCCCACGUCCUUCACAAGCUUUGCCUCUCAGAUGGAUUUGGGUUUGGAAGAUGAUGACAGCGAAGAAGUCAGCUCCUUUAAGCAACCCAAAAGUAUACAUGAAUUACGCCGUGCGGGCGCCAUCACCAAGUUCGACAACGAACUGUCUACCGUUCUCGAUGAGGUUGAGUCGGGCAUCAAGUCGGCACGCAUUCGAGGCUUGAUUCAGCUUCUGAAAAAGCUGGCCAACAUGACUUUCUUACGCCACUUUCUGGACUCAGGUGGCCUUGCGAGGUUUAAUGAGUGUGCUGAUAGUACUUUAGAUGAGGUGAGUGGUACACUGAUGAUUGCAGUGUUCCAAAGGAUGACGUCUGCCACACAUGUGUCUCCGGAAACGAUGGUACAGAUUCUGGCUGCGCUAUACCGACUACCUAGUACUUUGGGCACCACGCAUAAGCCACUAUCGAAGGUGGCAAAAGAUCGUAGGCAGAAUCUCCCCAAGCUCCUGCUCUCAGAGUUGAAUGAGUACGAAGACACGAGCUCUUCGCAGGCGGGCCACCGAGCCUUGCCAAUUUCACUCAUUUUCUAUACUGCGCUAGCAAACACUUUGCACCCACUGGUCAAACUCGGAGAGCACUAUCCACCUCUACCGUCACCAUUGCUCGAUGACAUUUUACGGGCAGUUAUCGCCAUUCAGAAAACCUUGAAUCUGGAGGCUGAACGAGAAGACAGCACGACAAGUCUCAACACCCUACUCUCGACAUUGGAGAUAGCGAGUUUUAGUCGAAGCCUCGUGACCGUGAUUGAGAGGAGCGCCCACUUUCCUGCGCUUCGUGAAAGUUUAGCGGACCUAAUGGAAUGGGCUCGUCAAGCGCAGCAGCCUCUAUUGGAGCAAUCAUGCUUGAAGUUCAUUGUGAGCCUAAGCAACAACCAACCCGAAAUUUGCAGCCGUUUCGCCGAGGGACCACUCAUUGCUCGAGUUUACGCGGUGGUCGAUGAUCAUUUCUGUCGCAUGGCAACAUCGGCUGUCCAAGCUCAAGAACUGGAUAGUGAAAAAUUGGAUGCUGCAGUUCUCGCUCUAGGGUGUUUGCUCAAUUUUGCAGAUUGUGCUGAUGUGGCGAGGGAGAAAAUGCUGGAAAAGGAUCAAAACGGGCGUCGAUUAGUGGACGGACUGGUCGACAUCUUUAACAGCUAUGUCGACCUGACCUCUGAGGCCGAUACCAUGGACCAAACACAGGUUCUCAUUCCAUUGGGGUACAUUUCAAUGCUGCUUUGCACAUUAUGCCUGAAUCCACAGGCGAAUGAGUUGAUCGCUCACUCGACCAAAGGCCCCGGUCUGGAGCAGUUGUUUUUGGCUGUGGAAACGUUCCUGACUCCACUGCGUCAAGUUGAAAUGGAUCUGGCUGCCAAUGGAGGAUCACCUUCUGGAAGUUUUGAACGUUUCAUGGUUAUAUACGAAGCGGUCAGACAGAAGGCCGCCUAG